GCGGGGCGGGGGGCUGAGAGGGGAGGUGGCCGGGCCGCCGCCCCUCGGCGGGACCCCCGUGGGCAGCGGUGCGGGCCGGCAGCGCCGAGCCAGCUUUUGCCCUGCACUGCUGGAGGCUGUCAUCAUGACCCUCACCAAAGGCUCCUUCACCUACUCCAAUGGCGAGGAGUACCGCGGCGAGUGGAAGGAAGGUCGCAGGCAUGGCAUUGGGCAGCUGACAUUUGCUGAUGGCACCACUUAUAUGGGGCACUUUGAGAAUGGGCUCUUCCAUGGCUGCGGUGUGCUCACCUUCUCAGAUGGCUCCAGGUACGAGGGGGAGUUUGUGCAGGGCAAGUUCAAUGGUGUUGGCGUCUUCACCCGCUGCGACAACAUGACCUUUGAGGGUGAAUUCAAAGGCGGGCGUGUGUAUGGCUUUGGUCUCUUGACCUUCCCUGAUGGCUCCCACGGAGUGCCCCGCAACGAGGGCUUCUUCGAGAACAACAAGCUGCUGCGGCGAGAGAAGUGCCCAGCCAUCAUCCAGAGGGCCCAGGGUGCCUCCAAGUCUGCCCACAACCUGUCAGCAUGAUGGUGCCCCUCGCCUCACUUCCACUGGAGUGGGGACCCCCACACUCGGCACUGGCUGGCCCUGCAGUCCCUGGAGCGGGGAUGAAGCACUGCUGGGUGGAUCCCCUGCCCUCCACUUGGCAGCUGCCCAGCCUUGGUGGGACUGCGGGUCCUCACCAAGUCCCCUUUCUGAACCCCUGCCAGUGAGGAGGACAGGCCCCCUGCUCUCUACCCAAGUGCCCUGGGGCAGCCAUGGUGCCUUCUCUCUCUGGCUGCAGCCCUGACACCUACCAGAGCAGCCAGGGCCCAGACCCUCUGCCCCCUCAGGAAGGCUGCAGACCACCAGGGCUGCCAGCCUGCUAUGAAGGAUGGAGCAGGUGUAUAGGGGCUGGGCCCCAACCCCACUGCCAGGGUGCCUUGGCUGUGGGCUGCUGGCUGGACCGUGUGCCUGCAGAGGGGUAGCUUCUGGCCUGUUUUGCUGCCCUGGUCCCGAGGCAGGGUGGGCACCCCAGGGUGCUGUGGCCUGUGCCCUCAGCUCUGGGUGACUGGCCACCCCCCCCGCAUGCCCUGUGCAGCAUGACAUGGUGCCCCUAAAGAGCCCAACCUGCUUUUGGAGCCAGCUGUGUCCCACUCAUCCCUGUGCCAAUCCAGCCCACCCAUUCCCUUGGGGACAUCUGCAGCACUAUCUCCAUCAAGGGGGGCCAGGGAACGCCCAGCCUGGUCCAUGUCUGCUGCACCCUGUGGGAGGGCAGGAGCAAUGGUGAACAGGGAGCAGAGUCAGCCAUAGCCUGGGAUGAGGGGCACAAGCAGGGCUGCAUGGGAUGCCAGGUCUGGAGGGGUGCCAGGGCUGGAGCAGGUAGCCUGGGCAGGGCGGGCAGGGUAGGGGCAUGAUGGGGGGGCAGGGGACACAGAGCUCUCCAUCUUGCCCCCCGCAUGCAUCCUUCACCUCCCUGCAGCGUGCUCACCUUCACCCCAGCACGGUCUGGCUGGCCGCGGGGGUUCCAGCCCUCGCAGCCUGGUGGUGGGUGCCGGUCUCUGCCCUCCCUGGUCCCGUGCCUUGCCGUGACCCUGCCUUGUGCUGCCGCCUGCACGGGGCUCAGCUCAGUAAACCACGUUGCCAAACGCC